GCUCCCCUACUGUUAAAUAAAAUAUAGUCCCCUUUUUUUUUGACGGGCGGGGGGUUUGUCGGAAAACAGGUAAAUCAAGAAGCCCCUGAGAAAAUGCGAUAGGCUCUUAAGUCUUCAUCCACGGCCGGUCCCGGAAAAAGGGGGUGGCCGUGGCGGGAUCGGUUGCUGAGGGAGAGGAGCGGAAGAAUACGAGAGUGGAGCUGGGUGGUGAGACAUCAGCCCCCCCUCCCCUCCUGGACUGGCUGGGAGGGCAGGCAGGCCUCGCGGAAAGAGUUCCGGCCUCGCCCGGGCCGUGUCGCCUAAAAAUAGCGACCCGUGGGUAUCCGUGCGCCGGUGUCAGUGUCUCUUGAGGAGCCUCAGUUUGGGAGGCGGCGGCGGCGGGAGGAGUAGCAGCUGCGAAGGCGGAGGAGGCCGGCCGGCCCGGUUUUUAUUGAGAAAACACAGUGUUUUCGUGUUGUGUGCAGGCUUCAGUCGUGGAAGAACUGUCUACCAUGUGGUAGGAUACAAAACUUGUGGAUUCUUUUAUUUUUGAGCUUCUGGAUUAUAAAGAGGGAAACAGCAGAAAUGGGGAGGAAAAAAAUACAGAUCACAAGAAUAAUGGAUGAACGGAACAGACAGGUGACCUUCACAAAAAGGAAGUUUGGAUUAAUGAAGAAAGCCUAUGAACUGAGUGUGCUUUGUGACUGUGAAAUUGCACUCAUCAUUUUUAACAGUUCUAACAAACUCUUUCAGUAUGCGAGCACAGAUAUGGACAAAGUUCUUCUCAAAUACACAGAGUACAAUGAACCCCACGAGAGCAGAACCAACUCAGAUAUUGUUGAGGCUCUGAACAAGAAGGAAAACAGAGGGUGCGACAGCCCGGACCCUGACACCUCGUAUGUGCUCACGCCGCAUACAGAAGAAAAAUAUAAAAAAAUUAAUGAAGAGUUUGAUAAUAUGAUGCGGAAUCAUAAAAUCGCACCUGGAUUGCCUCCGCAGAACUUCUCAAUGUCGGUCACUGUUCCGGUGUCCAGCCCCAAUUCUUUAACCUACAGUAAUCCUGGGAGUUCCCUUGUAUCCCCAGCUUUGGCAGCAAGUUCUACCUUGACAGACACCACCAUGCUCUCCCCUCCUCAAGCCUCACUGCAUCGAAAUGUAUCCCCUGGAGGCCCACAGAGACCACCAAGCACAGGCAGUGCAAGUGGCAUGUUGACGACAACGGAGCUCUCAGUGCCAAAUGGAGCUGGUUCUAGUCCAGUGGGAAAUGGCUUUGUGAGCUCACGAGCUUCACCGGGCCUGCUUAGCAGCAGCAGCGGUGGGAAUGGCCUAAGCAAGGUGAUGCCUACAAAGUCCCCCCCUCCUCCUGGAGGAGGUAACCUAGGAAUGAACAAUCGCAAGCCAGAUCUCCGGGUCGUCAUCCCUCCGUCUAGUAAAGGCAUGAUGCCUCCACUGUCGGAGGAGGAUGAAUUGGAGUUGAACACACAGCGGUUAAGCAGUUCUCAGUCUACGCAACCUCUUGCAACACCUGUUGUGUCCGUGACAACACCGAGCUUGCCUCCGCAGGGACUGGUGUAUUCUGCUAUGCCUACAGCCUACAAUACUGAUUACUCCUUGACUAGUGCAGACCUGUCAGCCCUGCAGGGAUUUAACUCCCCAGCAAUGCUGUCAUUAGGACAAGUAUCCGCCUGGCAACAGCAUCACCUAGGACAGGCAGCCCUCAGCAAUCUUGUGGCUGGAGGUCAGUUAUCUCAGGGUUCCAAUUUAUCCAUUAAUACCAACCAAAAUAUUAACAUAAAGUCUGAACCUAUUUCACCUCCUCGAGACAGAGUGACGCCAUCCACGUUCCCGCAGCAGCAACAACAACAGCAGCAGCAGCAACAGCCUCAGCAACAAUCGCGGCAGGAAAUGGGACGCUCUCCAGUUGACAGCCUCAGUAGUUCCAGCAGUUCAUAUGAUGGCAGUGACCGGGAGGACCCCCCCAGGAGUGACUUCCAUUCACCUGUUGGGCUGGGAAGGCCCCCAAAUUCAGAAGACAGAGAGAGCCCAACCGUGAAGCGAAUGAGAAUGGAUACUUGGGUGACCUAAGCCUCCGGUCCCUCCUUUUCAGUUUCCUUUUUUUUUUUGAGUUAUCCCCAACGAACAGUCCUGACAUAUCUAAAUUUAUAAAUAAGGACAUGAAAUAAAUAUUUAUAUGUAUAUACAUACAUGCAUAUAUAUCUUUGUAUACAUAUAUAUGUGUGAGUGUGUGUAGGAAAAACACAAAAAGAAAAAUCAGCAGGCACUUAAUAUCAAUUCUUCGUAUAGCUGCAGAUGCCCCAUGGUUUUAAAAAAUGAAAUGUAACAAAAAAAAACCCUUAUAGGUAUUGGUCUAGUUCUGGCACUUAACCUGGACUGUGUUCCUUGAAUAAUGUAUCUUGUUUUGCAGAAGACAUGUACCCUUAUGUAAUCUACCAAACUAGAAGGCAGAACUGUGAGGGCUUGUUGGUAGUAGUGUUCCUAUGUGUGUUUUCCAACAGCUGUGUGGUACCCUGUAGUUAAAAUUACUCUUUGUAGCAGCAGAGCAGUAGAAAAAGAAAGCAAUACUGUACAUAGAAUGAUCUCUAUACUACCCAAUCUAGCAUGGGUCUCUCUUGCAUAAAGAGUGCAUGGAAGAAGGGCUGGCAUUAUUAUUAAAAAAAACCACACAAAACUGUUUUUGCACGUGCAAAAAAACUGGGUCAAAUACCUUUUUUAACCGAGAGAGACAGACAGACAAACAUAAAGUGCAUGAAAUAUUCAGAAGAUAUUAGCCUAGAAGUUAGUCCAUAAAGAAAAUUUUAAUAUAUUAAGUUAUAAUUGGAAUAUGUUUUAAAAGCUCUUUCUUAUGUUCCUCCUACCUUUUUUAAAAUAUAGAAAAACAAUUUUAGCUCAUGUAUAUUUUUUAUUAAAGAAGAGCAUACCCUUCUUAAAAACUAUAUAGAAAGUUAUAUACAGUACUUUUGAACACAUUCUGCUAUGAGUUAUUUAUACAAGCCAAAGCUGUUCUGUGUAGCUUUUUUGGUAGAGUAUAGGUCUAACUUGGUUUCUUGACUGUCUGUUUUUGUUUGCUUGCUUGCUUUAGGGAAAGAAGGAAAAAAAAUCUUGCAGGCAGAAUCUUGGGGAAAAAUAAGCCAUGAAUACUUAUUCUAUAUGUAAAUGAAAAUUUGAGCCAAACUUUGUGUAUAUAGCAUCUUAAAUAUAUUAUCACCUAUUGGUGUAAGUACGUAUGUAUUGUACGUUCACCAGAUUUAAAAGUAUAUUUUUGUGGAUUGACGCCGACUUGAAGAAAAAAAAGAAAAAGGCGAGGUCCUUAUUAAGUAGAGUAUUCACUGUUUUAAUAUUUACUAUUUUGUUCAAUAUGCUGUACUUCCUUUUGGAUUUUAAUUAAUAUUAUCCAGAUUUUUUCAGAGAGUGUUUUAAGAAGGGGCCAUCCCCCCUCACUGGUGGUGAAUGUGUGUUGUUAAAAUUGUAUCCUUUUUUUGUGACGUAUGGUAAAAGUUUCAUUAUACAUUUUAUAAAUAUAUAUAUACAUAUAUGUGUAUAUAUACAUAUAUAAAUAUAUGUAUAAAGAUAGCAAAGUGAUAAUCCCCUUCCUCAGUUUCCUCCACAAAAUUCAGCAUUGAGUUCAUACUGCAUAAAUAGAAAAUGAUGUUGAAACAUGUCUUUUUUCAGGCAUUAUUUUAAAACUGCCUUGUGGGGUGGGGUGGGGGGACAAUCUUGUUGCUGUUAAUGUUAAAGUAAUGGAAACAUGCACAAAAAAAGCAAAGAAGGGUGUGAAGUGGUGUUUGGGUUUAGGGCAAACUAUGUUCUAAAAUAAUUUUUUAAUUUUUUUAAAUCUUGGCAUUAUUUACAAAAAGUGGCCUUCCCCAUUGUUGUAGAGAUGGUUAAUUGACUAAUUGAUUAACUGUUUUUGGGGAGGGAGUCUUAACUGUUGAGCUAAGAGGUGCUUUGUGUUCUGAUGGUGUAAGUACUGUCUAAAGUCAGGAGGCUGCAUGACAUGUCUGCACCUACAACAUAUAUUUUAUAACAGACAUUUAAUAUGUACUCAAACCAGAAGGGACAUGAAAAGUGUCUGGAUUUUAAAAAAUAACAUGCACAUUUAAUGCAAAUGGCAGCUGUUGAGUGGGUGACAGACAGUUCAUGAAAUUGCAGCAGCUUGUGGAAUUAAACACCUUUCCUUCCUGCUGCAGUUCCGACAAAAAAAAAUUUAAAAAUUAGAAAACACCAAAAAUCAGUAUGAAAUGAAACACUGCUUCAGAACUGUAAUUUGCAUUGGGAGAAAAUUUCACACUAGUGAUAGUGUGCAUUUAAGCAAUGUAUUUUAAUUUUAAAUGGUUUUCAUUUGAAUUUACGUUUAAGGAUAAAUUGAAUGUCACAUCUAGGUUGAGUUAACUGUAUUGGCAUCUGAAAAGCCCGUGUCUCUCUGGAUCAGGUCAUACUUUUGUGUUACAAACUGCUUCCAAGUCUCAGUUAUGUAAGCCGAGGUACACUUUGUGAGAGCUGGUGGCUCCAUGCGUGUGUUGUCCAAUCUGACUUUGUGUGGAUGGGUGGAGGUGUCAUUACAGAGCUGGAUACCAAGAAUUUGGCUUCCCUUUCUUUAGCCUAGAGAUUAGAUUUUUCAUCGGAAAGAAAUACUGACUUUCAUGACCAGGUAAACAUAUAACAGGGCAUGUGCAAUUUUAAUUCCUUGCUGAGAAGACAUAAGGCUUUAAGACGUCCUAAAUUCUCACCACCCUCUAAAAUAGUAAACUAAGUUGGGAAUGGCUUCAUAGAAAAGUGCUCUAAAGUGAAAGCCAUUCCCUGUUAAAAAAAAAACCUCACCUAUUCUCUUUCCUCUUCCUCUCUCCCCAUGUAAAAACUCUUACAUACUCUUCUUGGUGGAUUAUGUGAUUUUAGUUGGCUGGGUUUUCAUUUUCCUAAGAAUUAUGAAAAGGCAUCCGCUUAAUUUUAAGCGUCUAAAUAGCCACUAGGCGCAGCUGCUCCUGCCUCGAUCGUGUUGGCUGGAAAGCACUCCAGUGUGUUCUGUCCGCUUCCUCAUCUCCCUUCAGGCCAUCUUGUUUGCACUUGCUCAAGUUGGGACCCAAACCACCAUUUCAUAGAUCCUUCUGAUGCUUCAAAAGGGUAUGUUUCCCAAUGGGUAUUUAUGCACCUACAUGAACUUUGCUGUACAUUUGAAUGGGAGUUCUUCAUUUCACAUUUACUGUCUGAUUUCUUGUGUGCCUUAAUGAGAUGGCUUUGUUGACUGUAUCUCAGUAGUCUUUAUUCCUAUGCAGGUUUGUAUGGAGUUACAUCACUAUACAUUUUUCUUAAGAAGAAGUAAGGCUUGACCUUUGUACUUGAAUCGAGCCAACCAAAUGUUUUACAAAAAUCAAGCUUUCAAAAUCAGACUGUUAACUCUUGGCCUGUCUCCUUGUUCCAGGAUUUGGGUCAUGUCCAUUGUCUCUUAUGGAAGACUUUCACAUCAUAAAAAUCAAAUAAAAACGGUGACCUUUUUCUAAUAACACUAAUAAUGUAACUCUAGACAUUUUGGAAGUCUUAUACUUUGAGCUUAUAGAUAAGGAUAGUUCCAACAACAUUCAGGGUUGCUUGUGUUAACCUAGGUGCAGCAGCAUCAUGCACUUUUGCAUGUGAGUCAGUGUUUCUUUGCUGUCAUUUUGCUAUUCGUUUGUACCAAAUGCCUGUUUUUUUUUCCACUGAAGAUGCAGGACCUGUAGUGAUCUGAAAUGAUUUUUAAGUGGUAACAAGGUGUGUCAUCCCCUACUUCCACCUCUGGUACUGCACUGUCUGAGUCUAUUUCUGCCUUGCGUAACGAGAAUUGUGCAACCAAUUGGACAGCCAAAGCUUGAGGUCAGAGAUCAAAUAGGCGAGCAUCCAAAGAACCUUCCAAGUAAUUCCAUGCACCAGCUGGGAAUACGGGCUUAUAAGCCUUUAGCAGCCAUGCAUGGCGAACCACUUUUGGAAUUUGAGGGGGGAGUUUAUUUGGUGGCUAGAGGGUGAGGACUACUAUUUGAAGAUGCUGAAAAAUAUUUGUUCUGUACAGGCUCCCCGCAUGAUGCCAUUCUCAGUGCUAAGUCCUAGCUUUUUAGUGACAUAUUUGAAGAUGAUCUAAGGUUUCAAACCUAUGGUGUGGCUUUUGGGUUUAUACUUCCUUGGGUCAAGGAUUUUUUGCUUCAGAGAUACUCCAUGCUUGUGGAAACCUAGCCUAUCAGGUACAGAUAAUUUUUCACAGGCAGAGGGCGAUAUAGGAAAGGUUGCUUUCCAAAGAAGUGACAGCGUCAUGCUCCUUGUUGAGGUGCUGUAGCUUCUCAGAGGGCUUGCAUGAUGUGUCUCACGUUGGUUUGUUUGGUUGCUUGGUUUCCCCCCCCUAAUCCAGCAGCUUGUACGAUGAGGCUGCUUGGAGAUCCGCUUUUAAAACUAGACAGCAAAAUGACUUUUUUAAAAAAGCAGAUAGGGUCAAUAGCAUUUAAGGCAAGAUUGCACCAUGAAAUGAAUUCAAGUUACAGAAUGGAAGUCAAACAUUGUGUAUGGCAACAUGGCAACACUGACUUGGCAUGCUGAUAGCAGAUACUUCUUUUUAAAAAGAAGCAAGGCAUGUAGGAAAUGCUUUAGCCUUUAAUUAUAAAGGACACUAAUGCAUUGGCAAGUGUAUUGUGCGCACAAGAAAUAAAUAGUAAAUAAAGAACAUAAAUGACUCCUGCCAGAUCAACCAUGGGAAGAAGUUUGAAAUUUAGAAUGUGAAAGACUUAAAAUUUUAUUAGAAUUUUUCCUCACUUUGCUGUGCAAGAAAACACUGCUUUGCUAUAUUUAAAAAAAGAAAAAAGCUUUUUUUUAAAAUAAAAAAAUAUAUAUGUACUUGGUAAAUGUUUGUAGUCAGCAGUUCACAGACGAAGCUGUUUGCGGUUAAAGCCGCCUGGCGGCACAAGCUGGACUUUGUUGCCAUCUUUGAGACGAAUCUUUAAGGAAAAAAAAUUAAGUUAAUCUCUUUUUCCCUGAAUGUGGUGUUUUUUCUUCAGUAUACAAUAAAUAUUCUAGUGAACUUUUUAUCAAAUGGUUAAGAAAAUGCUAGAGGUUGUUGUAAAAUAUUUGUAUCUUGCAUUCACUAAAGUAAAAAUACUGGCUUUUA